CCCGUUGAAAUCCUACACGUCACUGCUCUGAUCGAGUUGUAGGCAAAGCGUAGAGGGCUUUGGGUCGGACCAGUGAUCUCAAAACCAUCUGAGUGCCACCAACAUAAUGCUGAUGUAAAGACUUCAGGGCCGCCAGACAACAAAAAGACACACAUGGAGGGCUUUGGUCGUGGCAUGCGUUCCCAGCAGGGACGGGGUCUAGACGAGGUGGACAACUGGAGGAGCCCACGAAAGGAGGGGGGAUUUGAGAUGGGGUUCAGUCCCGGGGGUUCAGCCCUGGGGGGUUCAGCCCUGGGGGGUUCAGUCCUGGGGGCCGUAGGGGAGGAGGCUGGGCCCCUGGCAUAAGCCCAAAACAGAAAGGGCUGUCCCAGGGUUCCCCGCGGCGGCAGGAGGAUAACUGGCGGGAUCGAGAGCGUCCCCAGGACACUGGCCAUAGCAGGAGUAAGAGGAGGCACUCUUCAGGACAGCACUGGAGAGACAGAGCCGCACGAGACAUGGACAUGGUGCUGGUCAUUGACCACACCACCACCUCCAUCUCAGAGCUGCUACAGACCAGAAACCAGCAGCAGGAUGACACCCAGGGGAGAACAGAGGAAGGUGUGUGGUUCAGCUGCCAUUUGUGUGACACAAAGAUAGACUCUGUGUCUCGGGCACACACACACCUGAGAGACCGCGGGCACAGGAGGAGGGCCAAGGAGAAGCGCGACGAGCUCCUGUUGAAGAGCAUCCCGCCUCCGGGGAAAGACCAGAUUGCUGCCAUUGGCUCAGCUCUGGAGGGGGUGGCUGUGGGGGAGGGGCUUAGUGAAGAGGACGUGCAGGUGCGGCAUGGUGUGUUAGCCCUGAUGCAGUCAGUUAUCGCUCACGUGCUGCCAGGGAGUAAACUCAGGUUGUAUGGAUCCUCCUGCUCUAGGUUUGGCUUCAAAGACUCCGACGUCAACAUUGACAUCCAGGCUUCGUCCAGCAUGCACCAGCCCGAUGUUCUGCUGCUUGUACAGGAGACCCUAUCCAAAUGCUCCACGUUUGUGGAGGUCCAGGCAGACUUCUACACACGGGUGCCAGUGGUUGUGUGCCGAGAGAAGCAGAGUGCUCUGCUGUGCAGGGUGAGUGCAGGAAAUGACAGCGCCUGUCUGACGACGCAGUUCUUGUCUGCACUGGCCAAUGGGGAGCCACGUCUGCUGCCACUGGUGCUGGGCCUCAGGCGCUGGGCUACGGUGUGCCACGUGGACUGUGUGGACGAGGGGGGGUUGCCCCCGUACAGCCUGGCUCUCAUGGUGAUCUGCUUCCUGCAGCAACGCAAAGACACCCUGCUGCCUGCGUUCCUGGAGAGCACAGAGUACUCAGUUGGGCAACUAGGAGGAUUCUCUUUUACAGCCGUGGAGGACCAGGAGGUGCUCUGGGUCUUCAGUCCUCCCCAGACAGACACACAGGUCCCAUCUGAGAACACGCAGAAGCGCGGGAAGGCUCCGCUGGUGUUUGCAGAGAGCAGCCGUGAGGCAGGAGUGGGCCUGCUGUGGGUUGAGCUCCUGCGCUUCUACUCGCUGGACUUCCAGCUGCAGGAUCGCGUGCUGAGCGUGCGCACCAGCUCCCCCCUGUGGCGAGACAUCAAGGACUGGCCCCGCAAGAGGAUCGCCAUCGAGGAUCCCUUCGCGGUGGGGAGGAACGUGGCACGUACCAUGAUCAGCCAGCCCAUGUUCGACUACUUCGUCCACUGCCUCAAGACCACCUACAAGUACUUCAGCAACCGUCCCACCCGCCCGGCGGCCAAUCACAAGCCACAGAGCCAGCCGAGUCCUAAGCAGAGCUCAACCCCUCGCAAAGCCAGCGGGGAGGCCAAACCAAAGAUCGGCCACGGUCUAAAUCACGUCCAGUCAGGGGUCAGGAACGUCAGAGUGACCUCCGAGGUCACCAGGAGGAGACGGAAGAACUCAGAGUGCGCGGUGGAGGAGCACGAGGAUGAUGAGGAAUCCUCCGACCUUUUGGAGGAAGACGAGAGUGAGGAGGAGGAGGACUCUGAGGAGGAAGAGGCCAUCCAGCGAGCGGAGAAGAGGUGGGAGCCAUUUAACUCGACAGCUGAAGAAGAGGAGCAGUUUGUUCUUGAAGAGCUGAGUGAGGAGCAUCCGUCCGAUUCUGAGGGGGAGGAAGAGGAGCCAGAAGAGGAAGAGGAGUACACGCCCCUCUCAGAGGAGGACUCCCCUGCUGACUCCACCCCUCUGCCCCGCCCACACUCCCUCACCCCGUCCAAAUAUGGCAGCGCCGAGAAGAGAUCCGCCCUGUUGAAUGGCCUCAGCUACCACUUCACCAAGCAGGCGUUUACCUUGGGCAAGAAACCCACUCUGGUGUGUAGCCUGUGUAAGCGAGAUGGCCACCUGAAGGCCGACUGUCCUGAGGACUUUAAGAAGGUGGAGAUGAAGCCUCUUCCCGCCAUGACCCCAAAGUUCCUCAAGGUCAUUGAUCAAGUGUGUGAGCAGUGCCAGAUGGAUUUUGGGCCAGAUGAGCUCGAGGUGCAGGUGAGGGAACACAUCCUCCAGGACCUGGAGACCUUCAUCAGACGCCACAUAGAAGGAGCGCGUCUGAAGCUCUUCGGUUCGUCCAAGAACGGCUUUGGCUUUAAGCAGAGUGACCUGGACAUCUGCAUGGUGCUUGAGGGCCAGGACACAGCUAUGGGGCUGGACUGCAUCAGCAUUAUCCUCAGCCUGGCUCGAGCUCUUGGCAAACACUCAGGUCUGAAGAACAUUAUCCCCAUCAUCACAGCCAAAGUGCCCAUUGUGAAGUUCUGCCAUGUUAAAACUGGCCUGGAGGGAGACAUCAGCCUCUACAACAGGCUGGGGCUGCACAACACUGAGCUGCUGGCGUCCUAUGCCUCCAUUGACCCACGCGUGCGGCAGCUCUGCUACACCAUGAAGGUCUUCACCAAGGUGUGUGACAUAGGGGACGCGUCGCGGGGCAGUCUCUCGUCCUACGCGUACACCCUGAUGGUGCUGUUUUACCUGCAGCAGAGAGAGCCGCCUGUCAUCCCUGUGCUGCAGGAGAUCUAUGAUGGCCAGACAAAGCCUGAGGUUCUUGUGGAGGGAUGGAAUAUUUACUUCUUCAGUGAUCUGAAGGAUCUGCCACGCCGUUGGCCGUCAUACGGGCAGAAUCGUGAGAGUGUGGGUGAGCUGUGGCUCGGGCUCCUGAGGUUCUACACGGAACAUUUUGAUUUCAAGGAGCACGUUAUCUGCGUGCGCCAGAAGGACACACUCUCCCCCUUCCAGAAGCAGUGGACCUCCAAAUACAUCACCAUUGAAGAUCCUUUUGACCUACACCAUAACCUGGGAGGAGGCCUGUCAAGGAGAAUGAUCAACUUCAUCAUGAAAGCCUUCAUCAAUGGCCGACGGGUCUUUGGCACGCCUGUCAACACCUUCCCCCCUGAGUACCCAGACAAGAUGGAGUACUUCUAUGACCCUGAGGUGCUGACCGAAGGGGAGGUUGCCCCUAACGACCGCUGCUGCCGCAUCUGUGGGAAGAUAGGACACUUCGUGAAGGACUGCCCCAUCCGCAAGAAGACCCGUAGCAGGCGUGGUGGUGAUGACUGGGAGCACACAGACCAAGAAAGACACAUGAAGGAGUACGACCGUCUGCGCAAACAAGAGCAGAAGCGCUGCUUCAUCUGUGGAGCCACCACGCAUGUGAAGAAAGCCUGUCCAUACUACAGACCAGGUGGUGUCAAACCCGAAGGCGGUUCUCACUCCUUUCCGUCCUCCACCAAUCAGCUGAGAAUCAUUCGAGAGCGAGAGCAGCAGGGCUCGCCUCAGCUUGAAGGGAAGAAGAAGAAAAAAAAGAAAACCAAGAAAGUUAUGUCGGGUCCUCAAGCAGGGAACCUGGCCAGCCGACACGUGCCCUUGACCCAUGCAGCUCAGAAGAAGAAUCCAGUGGACUGAAAGCGAAGUGCAGCUUCCCUCAUUUGAUGCCCACCACUCAACCCCCCCCCCCACACACACACACACACACACACACACACUCCAUUUUCAUGCCCUUUCUGCUCUGUCCCAUCUCUGUUCUCCACUCCAUUUUGUGUUGGUUUCUCGUCCUGUGUUGAGCUGCACACAGGCUCUUGUCCUUGGGCGCUGACGUGUCGCCAAGGCACCAGUGCCACACACACACACACACACACACGUGUACUCAAGUAUUCUUAAAGUCAAAGUGGACUGCACGCCAGCGGCCUUCUCUGAAUUUGAGUGUUACAGGUUGUUAAGCGUCCUCUUGAAGUUUAUGGAUGUAUGGCUACACGCUAGCAGUAAUGGCAGUCGAAUGCCACAACGCCCCUCUAAAAUAGUAGCCUACAGAUGAUGUGUGCCUGUACAGAUGAAUUUAGAGGCUCAGAGAGCUCAUGCCCCAGGAAAGGCAGGCUGUGGCUGUCGGAUAUGUUUGUGUUAAAAAAGGCACGGCCAGUACUUUAGCUUAGUUUGGCUUUGUCAAAGAGAGGCGGCCUGUGCCGAAGACGCCUUCAUUUUACUACCAUCUGUGAGGAACCUUUUAAUGUCCUUCCGUUUUUUAAAAGCACAGAAUCAUGGUGUUGCAUGAUGUUCCUUUAACGCCACAGCUUUUUUUAAUUUAUUGUUUUUUAUCUUUUAAUUAGACAUUUUGUUUGUCAUAAACACUGUCAAACCUCUGCUGUCUGUGUCCCUUCUGCACUGAGGAGCCUGUGCUCUGUGCAGGUAUGAAUGAGAAUGCAUUUGUGAGUGUGUUAGCAGGCCAGUGUGGGUCUGUUGUGAGAAUAUGUUGAAUGUGUGCUAUUGUGUGUGUGUGUGUGUGUGUGUGUGUGUGUGUGUCACUUGUUUGAGAUAAAUUGUACAGAGCACAGAGACAACUGAAUGUGUCUGAGAGAGGGGUUUGGGCAUGCAGCUUUAUUUGCCAAGUGAGUUUUUCUUAAAUUCUUGUUUAUGAUUUUAUUACGUGUACUGCUGAAUUUGCUGCUACUCAAAUACAUUUUCUUUAAGGAACUUCCUGUUCGGAUCGUAUUUGGGAAGCAAAUAUCUUAAUCUGUGAAUUUUAGAGUCUUGGGGAGUCAUCAUUACCACAUGAACGCGAUGGACGGUUUGUUGGAGACGAUGGCAAUGCGAUUUAAAAAUAAUGCUAUUGUAUGGUAAUAUGACCUAAGUAUUAUUAUAGUGCCAUCAUGAGCACCGAGAUCCAUGUCCAUGUCCGUAUGCUGAAUUUAUAUUAGUAAAUUAGCCGUUCGCUCAGCACCAUCUAGCGUAGCUUUCAUAACCUUACGUGGGUGCAUGGUACUGAACGAAAUAUGUGCGCUGUUAAAUGGGCUCGUUUAUAGGUUUGUCCAUUAGCUCUUAUGAUUUGUACAGCUAUUUUGUAUAAACUUCGAUGAUGCUAUUGAACUGUCGGUAUUGAAUAUUAAAAACAUCUACAUUUUCGUCCAAGA